UCCUUGUCCGCAAGUGAGUUCCACGAGCGAUUCUCCAAGACCAAUACUCCCAUCAUCCUCGGAGACGCAUGGGACACCAUCCCAGCUCACCUGGAUCUCAACUACUGGCGGGAGAAUCACUCCGACGCUCUUGUACCGCUUGACCUUGGAACAAGCUCAGAGCGACUAGUCAAACUCGGAGAUUACAUCAAGUUCGAGGACAAGGAAAUGAGCAAAGGCUACUGCAGAAGUUUGCACACGCAGGUGAAGCCUCAGGAAAUUUCAUUCAUACUGACACCGAGUUUGCAGGAAUGGUUUCCAGCAGAAAAUGCGACCAUCAAGUUUCCUUCAGUGCUUGGGACGAAUCAUCUGCUCGAGAGGGGGAAGAGUUACCCCGAAGCCUGGUCGAGAUGGUUUGAAUUGUUCAUCUCCAACCGAGAUUCUCCGGGAUUUCCCUUCCUGCACAAAGACAUGUGCGCCACACACGCACUAUCCAUGCAGAUUCAAGGAAUCAAGCGCUUCAUUCUCUUCCCUCCCUCCGACACUUGCUUCCUUUACGCGUAUGGCAACACACAGACAAGGUCGGCGGUCCCUCAUGGUGACAUUGUCAACUUCCAAGUGGACCUCAAGCAGUUUCCCCUCUACGCCCAUGCGAACAUUCACAUUGCAGACUUGCGGGCAGGCGACGUUUUCUUCUGCCCCUCCAACUGGUGGCACACAACCACUGUAGUCUCAGCAGAGCCCAGCGUCACACUUGGAGGAAACUACGUGGACGACGCCAACAAGGAAGAGUUCGAGUCCUGCUGGAAAGAAUACUGCGAUGCCCAGAAACUCGUUGCUGCAGGUGCU